UUGUCCUUUACAUAAAAUUAACCUCUUUAAAAAUAAUGCAUGGAAAUAAAUCUUCGGAGACUUGUGCUGAAUCAGUAUUGCUCCCAGUUUGCCUGCAUCUGCUAAACUCAAGUCAUUAUCCUGACUGUGGGGAACUGCUUCUCAACAUCCACUGCCGUGUUACCUCUUUGGACACUCCUCUGACCCUACUGUAUACAAAGAAGAACGGCAUCUAAUUUCCCCCUGCAUAUUCAUACACCCUUGUCUGGUGCACUUAAUCAUUAUCUUCUAAUGGCAGAGCAAGACCUUGGCAGGACAACAGGUUUUCCUUGCAAACAGUGUGGCAUGCUGUAUCCCAAUAUGCCCAGUCUGCUUGAGCACAUGGAUGCUCACCUUCAGCAAGAGGACGAACGCAAAUUUAAAUGUGAUGAAUGUGGACGUGGCUAUAGGCAUGCAGGUAGCCUAGCUAACCACAAAAAGACUCACAAUGUGGGUUCUUUUCAAUGCAACAUAUGUGGUAAAGAAAACUCUAAUGCUUUGGCCUUGAAGAGUCAUCUCCGUAGCCACACAUCACUGAAAAAGUAUUCCUGUGUAGAAUGUGGGAAGUCUUUUCGUCUGGCAACACAGCUGGCUACACAUGAAAGAGUUCAUCUUGCCAGGCGAGCAAAGGAGCAGUCAUACAAGAAAGUAGACAUGGAAUAUUUCACACGUGAAAUUGAACAUAAUCACCCACGUGAUCUCAGUGAGCAUUCGGCCAGUGUUGGGAUUUCUCCAGAUAAUAGCCCAGCUGAGAACACGGCAGAGGUUGUUUAUAAUGUACAAGCUGAGACCUCAGAUGAUGCAGCAAAUCGACCAUUCAGAUGUGAUUUGUGUGACAAAUCAUACAUACACCAUCGAAGCCUGACUAAUCAUAAAAAGACUCACCAAGUGGGAAUGUUUGAGUGCACAGUCUGUUUUAAACUGUUCAAUAACAUGGCUGCUCUCUACAGCCACCAGAGAACUCACAAGGCAAGAAGUGGGACAGACCCUGGUUUAAUGGGAGGGUCAUACACAGGUGCACCACUAGAGCAGUUUUCACCUCGGAGCCAGAAUGCUCCUAUAAAUUUUUGCCAUUUGUGCCAGGUACUACUCCCCAAUGAUGAAGAGUUCCAGCAACACAUCCAAAUGCAUAACUCUUCAUCUGUGCCAUUUGGGCUUCAAGAUGCCUUGUCAGAGAACCAUAAUAUAUCAUAUGACAACAGUGUUGCUUCUCCUGAGUCUAACUUUUAUGCAUCUCCUGUAAAUAAUGUUCCUUCAGUAUCAUCAAUAGAUAGUCAUGGGGGUUUUGAUCAGCCAGAGGUGCAAUUUAGAAGUAACGAUCAUCUGUACUCAGACUGCUCCAGUAAUCAAAUGACAUCAUCCAAUAGCACUCAGGGAGAACCCCCAGUCAUAGACGUGAGUAUUCUCAGUCCUGCUCUGACGCACACACAGACCACUGAUAAUGCAACUGAAAUGGAAGAGACUACAACUGUAGAGUCUGACGAGCGUCCCUUCAAGUGUCAGAUCUGUGGUAAAAGCUACCGGCACUCUGGAAGCCUCAUUAACCACAAAAGGUCACAUCAGGUUGGGAUUUACCAGUGUUACAUCUGCAGAAAGAGUUACCCUCAUCUGGCUGCCCUCAAAAGUCAUCUUCGUCUCCACAAAGCUCAGCCGUCAUGUUUUAGCCUCAACACAGAGGGAGACUGGCUCUCCUCUGAGCCUCUGACUCUGGAUAACCAGCAGGGCUGCUUCUCCUCCCAAGACGAGGAGGACAGCACUCAUCCUGUGCUCAGUAUCGAUCAGGAGAAUGUAGUUGACCAUAGCAAUGGAGUGUUGUACCAUGAACAGUUUAAUCAGGACUUUUCCCAGGAUAUGACUGUGCAUCUACCUCACAAUGAACACCUAAUGCAGAGGCACAUGUGCGCAGACUGUGGUGAGACAUUUGCAGACAUUGCAGGAAUUAAGUCCCACAGUUGCCCACUGCUACAGCAGCAACAUGACACUACUAGCAGUGACUAUGACAGUAAUAUAAACUUUCAGGUCAGUAACGGUCAUUGUGCCAUUGGAAACCCAGAGAGCAACGUAGAGUUCCAUGGUCUGAAAGAUAGCCAUGACCAAAGUUACUUUGAACAGAAUUUCCAUGAAAAUGUGAACAGUGAUCACCUGAACAGUGGCAGGGAAGGUGAAGAGGAUGAUGAUGGAGAUCUUUAUCAGUGCUCUAUAUGUGGAAACAGCUACACCAGCAUGAGAGCUCUCAGGAGCCAUCUCCAAGGGCACACACGGUCUCAAGGUACUCCUGUGAGCUCAGGGCCUUCUUCUAUGUCCUCCCAUGAGGAAGUGAAAGAUGAUGAGCUAGGAGAGAUGAUGAUUUGUAGUACAUGUGGGGAAAGUUUUGCCAGUAGGCAGGACUUGAUCACCCAUCAGCUUCUCCACAAUAAGGACCAAGCAGAUAAUGUUAAUCCUAUACGUAUGAACAACGGUGAUGUAUCCGGGGGCAAGGAGGAAGCACAGAGUAUCAUCUGUGGCAGCUGUGGCAUCUUCUGCUCCAGCUACCAUCAUCUUGAGAACCAUGGCUGUGCAGUUGAGAGGAAGGAUGAGUCAGCACAUGGUAAAGAGGGAAUGAAAGUAGAAGAUGAUCUCCAGCAUGAAGACAUGAGUCAAAUCCAAGAAACGGGUGAUACCAAAGCUCGUCAGUACAAGUGUGACCAGUGUGGGCGGUCAUACAGACAUGCAGGCUCCCUUCUUAACCACAAAAAAUCUCACAAAACGGGUGUAUUCAGAUGCCUGGUUUGCCAGAAACGCUUCUACAACCUGCUGGCCCUCAAAAACCACCAGAGAUCCCACUUUGAUAUUAAGAGGCAUACUUGUCACGAGUGUGGGAAAGCCUUCAAAAUUCAGAAGCAGCUAUUGAACCACCUGAGAAGGCACAAAGAGAACCAAGCUAAAAUCCAGGAACUCAACAACCAGAUCCAGGCCCUGAUGCAGAUGAAUGGGACCAGGCCAGGUGGAGGAAUGCAGUCCUUAACAUCAGUUGCCAGCCAGGCUUUAACCUCUGCUCGACGUUGCAAGCAGCUGCCUGAAGGGAAGACAGGACAAACAGAGUCUGAGACCUUAGUCAAAUCAGAGGACACAGAUGAUCAGCGGCCUUUUGCCUGUGACCAGUGUGGGCGUACAUAUCGCCAUGCAGGAAGUCUGGUCAACCACAGAAACUCCCAUAAAAUUGGUGAAUAUUACUGUUCUGUUUGUAACAACACUUACUCCAAUCAAUUGGCAAUGAAGAACCACUUGCGCACUCACUUUACAUAUAAAAAACAUUCUUGCCAGAACUGUGGAAAAGGCUUUAGAGGAAAGAAACAGCUAUUAGUUCACGUCUGUGGAGACCUCAGAAAGGAUGGGGCCGCCAACAGGAGGGGCCUAAAGUCUAGGCCCUUUAAGUGUAAGCAGUGUAAGCAGGGCUUUUUCUCUGUUGACCAACUGGCAGCCCACACAUGUAAUGGACCUUCAGGCAGCGGUGAUGCACAAACAAAUAUGUCUCCAAAUAAAGAGGAACGGCCUUUCACAUGCAACAUAUGUAAUCGCAGCUACCGCCAUGCAGGCUCACUCCUGAACCACAAAAACACCCACAAGACAGGACACUUCACUUGCACCUUCUGCUCCAAGCCCUUCACGAAUCCCAUGGCUCUACGCAACCACACACGUAUCCAUACACAGAAGAAGAAGCACGUGUGCCUCACAUGCGGGAAGGCCUUCCGCCUCGCCAGUAUCUUGCACAACCACCAGAGGGUCCACAACCAGGUGUCAAGUCACCUCAGGUGUCCUGAAUGUGGGAAGGACUUCCAGGGCAAGUCUGGUCUGAAGAGGCACCGCUGCUGCAGAGUUCAGGAGAACUCAAAGAGAGCUGGAGGCCAGCAGCUGCAGAUGGGAGACAAGUGUUUCACGUGUGACCUGUGUGGACGCUCCUACCGCCACGCUGGCUCCCUCCUCAACCAUAAAAAGACGCACUCUGAAAACCUCCACCACUGUACCUUGUGUCUCCAGACAUUUCCUGAUCCUCUCACUUUACAGAUACACUCUCAGAUGAGGCGUCACUGCUGCCCAGAGUGUGGCAAGACCUUCUGUCUGGUCGCACACCUGCAGAACCACAUGGAGGUGCACUCAAAGGACAGGCUUGCUGGUCGCACCCCUGCAGACCCA